AUGCAGUCGGGUGCCCUCCUCCUCCUCGCGGGGCUGCUCGCCCUCUGCGCUGAGCUGGCGCUCGUCUCCGGCAUCCCUCCGCCAGACAUCUGCGACCUGCCUGUGGACCCCGGACACUGCAAGGCGUACAUCGUGCGCUAUUACUACAACCGCGCCACCAACCGGUGCCAGAAGUUCAUCUACGGGGGCUGCAAGGGGAACGGCAACAACUUCAAGACCCUGGAGCAGUGCCAGAAGACCUGUGUGGAUGGGAAGCCCGGACUCUGCCCCAAGUCUCCCCCGUACGACUCCAAGCUCUGUGGCGAGGCGUGCAAGGCCGACUCCGACUGCCCGAAGGACCAGAAGUGCUGCCCCUACAGAUGCCGCCGGCUCUGCCUCUCCCCCAUCUGA